AUGAAAGCCGUGGUUCAGAUGUUGGAAGGAGGAGAAAGCUUAACCGUGCCUCCCAAUCCCUUUGCCUCUACAGGUGCUGCAGGAACCAAUGCAAGUACGGCUGCAAGAAAUCUAAACAUUCAGUUAGAAGCAAUUCCUGAGUUGGAGUAA